AUGUUUAACGUUACAGAAACCAUCCCAAACGACUAUGGAAUUUUAUCAUUACUACAGAUAAUCGUGUUGCAGUAUUUCGAACACCUCCACUCUACCUGUUUCAUCAAACAGUCUGCCGACGAUGAUCUGCUGGGUAACUUAAUUGUACCCUAUCCUUCUUUCUGGCUUACGUUCGAUGAAGCUAAUGAGUUUCUAUUCCUGAAUUCUAUCGAAGCAGGGUGCCAGUCGUUUGUAUUAACGGAAACAGUUGCGCUGAACUUCCUGGAGAUUUUCGAAAGCAUACACGAUCAAGCGAUCCAUCGAUUCCCCAACAAAUACGUAAUUGUUCUGGUUCAUCCAGCAUCAAACGCAUCGAUAAUUAACCGCCUCGUUGAUCACAAAACCUUACGCGAUAUUCCACGAUUUCUUAUUCUAUUCCCAAGCGAGGUCGAUAGAAUUGAUUUAAUUACAAAAAAGUUUGUCAGUGGAGAAAAUGAUCGGGAUAUCAUUAUCUUGGACAGUUACAUUCCGUCACGUGGUAGCUUCGUACAUAAACGACAUUUAUUCCCAGAUAAGCUACAGAACUUGGAGGGCCAACUAUUACGGUUGGCCAUAUUCAACUAUUCUCCGUACACUGUUUGGAGGGAGGUUUAUGCCAGCCGAAACUCGAACGCGUUUUACAAUGGCACAACUGGGAUCUACGUGGAUGGAACGGAAAUACAGUUAUUUCUCGAAUUCUGCGCAAAGUUUAACUGUACUUUGGAAAUAUCAUUGGAGGAAGAAGAUGAGUGGGGUGAGAUUUUCGAUAAUCGGACCGGCAACGGAAUUAUCGGUGCUGUGGUGGAACGGCGAGCUGACAUAGGUUUAGGAGCCCUAUAUUCAUGGCAUCAUGAAAAUCUCUAUCUAACCCUUUCGAAGCCAAUUUCAAGAACAGGAGUAACCUGCAUCACUCCUAAGCCGCAACUGUUGAGCAGCUGGAUGACACCGCUACUGCCGUUUUCGUUAAAUUUGUGGAUUGCAGUGUUGACAACGUUUGUAGUCAUGAGUAUUUUUCUAAUGCUUAUGGAGUUUUUAAUACAAAAUGUACUACUGGAACAAAAUCGUCCCCUUGAUAUCUGCACAUCGUUCAUGACUAUUGGUUGCAUAUUUAUCCUUCAAACCGUUAAUCUGACUGUCAACCGGAGCACAUUUGUGACUCAGAGGAUCAUCAUGGCUUCACUGCUCUUCGUGGGACUAAUGAUCGGUAACAUAUACAGCGGUGGACUUUCCAGUCUGAUGACUCUACCACGCUACGAACAACCAAUAAACACAGUCCAGGACUUGGCCGAUAGCAACAUGCACUGGGCUUCGACUCAUGAUGCGUGGACUUUCUCGAUACUGAUGGCAACACAACCUACGAUCGUGAAGCUAUUACAUAAUUUUGAGAAACAUCCCAAAGAGGUUCUACACCGAAGUGCCAUGCAUCAGGCUUUCAGUUUCGGUAUUGAACGGUUACCGUAUGGUCAUUUUGCGGUAGGCGAUUACAUUGAUAAAGAAAUAGCACACAAAUAUCACUUCAUGAUCGAAGACAUCUACUUUGAGCAUUGCGUUGCAAUGUCCAGCAAAACUUGGCCAAUGAUGGAACAUCUAGACGCGCUAAUUUUGGUUAUAUUUCAGAGCGGUAUUCAACGUUACUGGGAACAGAAGGUGAUUUCGAGUUACGAAGAUGGUGAGGUGCAACUGGCCAUCAGUACCUCCCGCCACCGGGAAAGUCCUGGACCAAUAACAUUGCAACCAUCUCAUCUGCUGGGCGCGUUUCUGAUGCUUGCAAUUGGAUUGGUUGGUGGGGGUGUGGUGUUUCUGUUUGAGCUUUUGUAUGUGAAUUGGGACAACAGAUGGAAUAAUCAGCAGGAGUCGUAAGAUUUGAAAUUAUCGGACUAAUCACAAUCUAUUACCAUUGCAUUAUUACUGGACAGUGUAGAAUGCUUGCUUCUUUCACGGACCAGUUGAGCAAUUGAUUUUUUCACCUUUUUCUCUUCUCAUUGUUUAGGAAAUUAGAAUAGAAAAAAACUAGGAUUGUAUUCAAUAUUUUUUGGUCGGUUUUAUUGAAAUUCACAAGCUUUGGUUCCAUUGGUUCUCUUCAUAUGCCGCAUAACUGAUAAUGUCAGUUUUAUUACUU